AGGUGUACACGUAAAGCAAACAGGUGUAUACCUGACAGGUGAUCGAGCCCUUCUGCUCUCACCAUGUGUGCGACCAACCACCGCGGAAAACGGAUUGAAUCUUAGGACUUUUCCUCUCUGCGGUAUUUAGGACUCUAGCUACAAGUAAGCAGCAUGACUGUGUCAAACAGCUUAGGCUGAUGAUUUGUAGGCCCGAGUGGUGCAGAGGUACCAGCAAGGAUGACAUCCUGGCUCACGCUCUCGCUCCGUCUCCUGCUCUCGUGGAUGUAUGUGACUCGAGGAGAAUUUGUCGAGCGACCCCGAGAUGACUCCCUCCGCUCCGUGGCCGAAGAGGAGACGGUCCUGCCCUGCCGCUUCCAGCCUACGGAUAGUGUCGUGGUGCAGGUCACAUGGUUCAAGCAGACCUCGGACGGCUGGGAGCAGAUCAUCACGGCUCACCGUGUUGACGGCCAGACCGCUUUCGGAACAUGGUCCGGCCGCGUACGAUUCAAAAGCAGCAACCCGACUGUGGACUCAUCUUUGGUGGUCUUGAGCACGGAAGUCUCAGACGAGGGGCGCUACAAAUGUCACGUCAACUCCUACCCUUUCGGAACCUUUGACCAAGAAGUGACUCUCACGGUCUGGACCAUCCCGAUCUCCUCCCUGGACGCUGUGACUGUGGUUGAGGGUCAAUCAUAUCGGCAGGCGGCAUCGUGCCGCUCUUUGGCCCGCCCGCCGCCGCUGCUGUCGUGGGACACCGAGCUGAGCGGUCAGUCCGUCAACCGUUCGUGGGAAAACGGGGCCGUCACCGCCCACUACUCUUUGCACCCUUUGAGGAGCAUGAACGGGAAGAAGCUGGAUUGUCUGGUGUGGCAUCCGACUCUCACAGGCCCACGUAGGCACCAAAACCAGCUGGUCGUACACUUUCCUCCCGAUUCCGAGGUGUCGGGCUACAGCGGGGACUGGUAUGUGGGUCUGGAGCGUGCAGCCCUGAGCUGCGUGAGUGGAGGAAACCCCAGACCGCAGCUUUUCACCUGGGCCAGACUCGGUGAGGCCUUGCCCGAAGGUGCCAUCCCUCACCCCAACGGAACCCUGGAGUUCGGGCGUCCCCUCAGCCUGUCGGACGGCGGCACCUACCGGUGCGUGGCAAAGAACGAUGUCGGCGUGGGCGCGGCCGAGUUGCAGAUUUCCGUGACAGAGUUUCCCGAGAGGCAGACGACGACGACGGAAAAGACGCUGAUGGUCGUCGUGGGGGUCGUGGCUGGGGGGCUGCUCAUCUUGAUGCUCAUCAUCAUCAUCACCGUCACCUGCCACCAGAAGAAGAAGAACAAGAUGCUGACGCGGGAACUGACCGAGAAGAAGGAGGAAAUAAGCACUCUGUCCCGGCAAGCUUCUUUCAGGAGGAUGAAUUCGGUCAGCACAGAUGCAAGAGGAGCGACGGAGGAGAGCAUCCCGCUGAGGGUGGAUGGAACCUUGUCCUCCCUGGGGGAGCUGGCUCACAGCCGGGAGAGCCACUCGACUCUCUCGGGCGGGAGGUGGGCGGGAGGGGAAGGAGCGUACGACUACCUGGGUCGGCCGGUCCUACUCAACUCGCGCAAGGGCAGAGAGGGGCUCUCGGAACGCGAUGAGGAGAGCCGACUCAGGGUGGAGACAUAUGUGAGAAACAACAGCCUAUCACUGGGAACUCGCCUUCCUCCCCACGUCCCGACGCCGUCGCCUAUCCUCCAGAGCGGUGAGCUGCUCGGGCAGACAGACGAGGGAGCCUCGAGGUCAGCGAGCGCCACCGUGUCUCCGCGCCACUCCUCGAGACGCAGCUACCCGCCCGUGACUCACGACGACGACGGCGACGAGGAGGACGACGACGACGACGACGAGGUCGACGAAGGCCUCGGGGGUCGCGCCAGCCGGGAGCAUCCGGACGACCGGGAGAGCCAGAGUAGCCGCUCCCAGGCGUCCGAGGCACACAGCGCGGGCUACCGAGUCACAAACGGCACCGUGAGGUUCAAACCAGGGACAAACCCCACCGUGGUUAGCCCUCAUGCCUCCCUGGUCCACAAGGCCCAGAUUGUCUAGCAGGAAUAUGCUCACAACACACAAACAAGCAGUUGAUCUUCAAAACUGCAGGGAUGCAUUUCAAAGAAACGUGUACAGCACACUUGUACUGGACCGAAGGAAAUGCAGAUUUGUGGGUGUGCGCCUUCUCUUACAAAUAUAUGCCAUAGCGAGAACUCCAACUAUGGCAAAUAUGAAGUAUUA